CUGGGCACGGCGUGGGGGGACCAACUUGGAAGCAAGCCCGCACGGCGACGGACGCCAGGCGUCAUGUCCAUGGAGGACCCCUUCUUUGUGGUGAAAGGAGAAGUUCAGAAGGCAGUGAAUACUGCUCAGGGGCUGUUCCAGAGAUGGACAGAACUCCUACAAGAUCCGUCAACAGCUACAAGAGAAGAAAUCGACUGGACCACAAAUGAGCUAAGGAACAACUUAAGGAGUAUUGAGUGGGAUCUUGAAGAUUUAGAUGAAACAAUUAGCAUUGUUGAAGCAAAUCCUCGGAAAUUCAACCUUGAUGCCACAGAACUAGGUGUGAGAAAAGCCUUCAUCACAAGCACUCGGCAAGUGGUCAGGGAUAUGAAGGAUCAAAUGUCAAAUACUUCUGUUCAAGCACUGGCUGAAAAGAAAAACAGGCAGGUGCUUCUGGGAGAAAGUAGAACUCACAGCUGGAGCUCCGGGACAGAUAAAUACAGCCGCUUGGAUCGAGAAAUGCAGUCUGCAAAUUCACACUUCAUUGAAGAUCAGCAAGCACAGCAGCAGUUAAUCAUUGAUCAGCAGGAUGAACAGUUGGAGCUGGUCUCUGGCAGUAUUGGAGUACUAAAGAAUAUGUCCCAACGCAUUGGAGGGGAAUUGGAUGAACAAGCUGUCAUGUUGGACGACUUCUCUCAUGAGGUGGACAGCACCCAGUCCCGACUAGAUAAUGUUAUGAAGAAACUUGCAAAAGUAUCCCAUAUGACUAAUGAUCGAAGACAGUGGUGUGCAAUUAUCAUCCUCGUUGUUAUCCUUGUGGUGGUGCUUAUUCUGUUUUUUGUGCUGUGAUAGUUUGGGGCUCGGAUUCUUUUACGGGCUCCUUUUGUGCAGACAUUUUAGCGCUGUUCCUGUCCACCAGAGAAAACUCUUUAUCGAAAACACUCUAGGAGAGUUUGAUACUGUGUUCUGCUGUGGAUGGCUCUCAGUGACAUAACUCUCUGUCCUCAUGCUUCUUCUUCUCGUGAUCUUCAUUAUCCUGCUCAAGGAAGAAACGGACCAUUCACACACACACACAAAUACUGUUUACACUGGAAGUUUUUACCCUGGGCUGAAACAUUGGACUCUGCCAAUGCUCUACUGUGGGACAGGUGGUUUAGACUGGAAGAAACCACUUUUGUGAUCAUUUCCAUCAUGUCGCAGAUAUAAGCCACCAGAUGCCUUUUGUCUGCUUAUCAUAACAGGACUCUUGCCAAUGUUAAACAAGCAUACGUAUAUGUGUGGAUUCACAUAACAAGCAGAUCUUGCAGAAAUGAUUCCAUUGUCUACAAGAUUCCUUUCACAGGUCAUUUACACAGCCAAGCCUGCCAAAUAAUCAUGGAUCUUUAAAGGAGGAAAACGGCCAGUAAGAGCAGCCACUGAACUCAUACUGUGAAUAUUUGUUUUCCUCCAGAACAGAAUUGUGCACUUGAAAAUGUCAAGGGUACGUAGUUUUGUACCCACUGUUGUAAGACUAACUAAUGUUAAAUAGAACAAUAGAACAUUACACACAGAAAGCUGCAGGCCUGCAUCUAAACUAAAGUCGGUCUGAAAGUAGGGGAAAUGGCAAAUAGAGUCAUAGCAAGUCUGGGCAUUGGACUGGAAUUUAGUAUUGCUUCAGGGAGGCAGACUGGCCCUAACAGGCUAAUACAGGCCGUAAGCAAAAUAUGUGCAUGUUUGUGUUGUACAUCAGACAGCUGUAGUGACUCUACUUUUCAGACCUGUAAUCUCAGUUUUACUGCAGUGUAGACAAAGACAAAGUCAGUAGACAUACUGUGGUUGCUAAAACCUUGUGAUUUUGUGGUUUUGAUUAUCAGUUUUCUGAAAAGAGAAUUUUAUAUUUGAGUUCUGCUAAUUUAAGAGAUGCUUCUGUUGGAUAGAUGUCAAGAUUUAAAUGCAGGAAUGGGAAAUGGCAAUCUGCCUCUUCCUUCUGUCUUGUGUUUACAUUUUGGGGAGAAUAUGGACUCCCCUAGAUGCACAAGCACAGAAGGAAACAAAAUUGUUAAACAACUCCUUUAAUGUUUUCAGAACUUAAAAGUGGUAUGCAAAAUGCACUCCAAAAGAAUAUGGAAGCAUUCCAGUCCUUUUAUGAUAAAAUAAUUUUGCCAUUAUUUUACUAUUUUGAUAGUUUGGUGGAAUUAACUGCAGACUAAUAAAUAGGUGGGAUCAUGGUUGCUUCUGGAUCUUACCUCUGGACAUUUUCCCACUAACGCCUAGUAACAGAGGAAGCUCCAUUUCCCUUGAUUCUGUCAUAAGGUGGUUUACUUGAACUCUACAAGAUUAUAACUUACUUUCUAAAAUGUAUCUAGUAUGAAAUUUUGGGAUGUUCUAUCUAGACGACAUGGUGACAAAAAAGGAAUAUUUUGGAUGGUAAUGUGUAUUUCUUUGUUAACUUGGAAGUGUGGUAAGCCUGCCCUGCUGCUCUUGAUGGUUCCCUUGUACUUAUUCUGCUGGGAGUAGAGAUUUUGGAUUUCACCAAAGCUCCUUUAAGCAUUAAUAUGUCUCAUUUGGACUCCUUGUCUAUUAAGAAACCUCAUGCUAAAAAUUGUUAAGGCACAGCACAAUGAUUGCUGUCAAAAACUCAGUUUCAUUUGCACCCAGUUCCCUACCACCAAUGCGAUUCAGAUAUUGCAUUUCUAUUAUUACAUCUGUAAGAUCUUAAUUAUCUGAAGAUUUUUAUCUGAGCAUGUAGAGCCUGUAGGUUCUUGUUUUUCUGUUUCAAUCUGUUGUUGUGUUAGGCUAAUUAGGAAUGGGCACUUGUAUGAAGUUUUGCUGAUUACAUUUCUAACAGAACUUCAGUAUUGCAAUUGCUAAAUUGACUUUGAGUGGGGAUACGUGGAUUGAAAAUAUGCUUCUUCCAGCAUUUGAGUGGGAGAGGUUUCUGAUCUCCCUAUGUAUUUCCCAAUUUGAAAGCCUUCAAAUCAUGAUGUGCAUUGGUCUUCAGCUAAGGAGCAUUGUAGAACCAGUUUUCCAUCUCUUAUUGACCUGGUGUCCAGAAGCAUGUGAAGAAGCCCAGCAUUGUGAGCUUUAGUUAAUGUCCAUAUUCUGAUGAGGUAACCAGGGAGUUAAUUGAGGCUAAUCUCGGAGUAGCUGCUUAAUCAUCUCUGCUCCCAGAAAUCAUCAGUAAAAAGAACAAAAUAUUCUGAGCAGAAAGUUUAAAUCAUUGUUUCUCAACUUUAUCAGUUUUAAGAUAUGAAUUCAUUUCCCAGAAUUCAAGUUGGUUGGAGGAGUUCUGAGAGUUGAAGUCCAUAUAUCUUAAGAGUGCUAAUGUUGAAAAGCAUUGGUUUAAUCCUAGCCAGAUGAGAUAGCAUUUAUAGCUUGAAAAAAAUAAGAUAUUUUGAAAGCUAAUUGAGACAUUUGAAUGCAAAUUUCUCUAUUAAUAGAGAAAUAAAAUCAAAAAAGUAUCUGUGAUACUGUUCAUUGCUGUAUGUGCUCCAGAAUCUUUCGCAGUAUGUUGAAAGAGUAUAUUAUAUAGCUGAACACAAAAAUCCAAAUUAAGUGAUGGCAACAAGUGAAAAACUCCCCCUUCAUUGCCAGCUAAGAAUCAUAUGGAUUCUUGCAGGACCAAAAUAGCCCACUUAUUGUCAGGCUUCCCUAGCAGCCAUGGAGAGUUUUCUCAUUUAAGGAAACACUUUUUAGGGAGGGCUUUCUAAAGAGAGGAAGUCUGGGAUUUUAUUUAUUUGCCAUAAUUUCCCCUUCACUCACCUCAUUCUCAAUUGCCCAUUAGUUGCAGUAAAUCUGUCUGGAAAAUAAUUCUUUUAGACCUGAUCGCUUGAAUGUUUUGUAGGGAUUGGAUGUAAAAUCCAAGAGUACUUUCUAAACUAUUACUUAAAGAUAUACAGCUAGUCCUCAACUUACAAUAAUUGGGACCAGAAUUUUAGUUAUAAGCCAUUGCGACCAUAAAUCAACGCACCAUUGACUGACCUGACUUUUUCCCCAAUGUAAAAAUACGAGAAACUGGCAAAAAAAAUAAUAAUUGCAUAUUGUGGUCACAUGACCAUGGGAUGCUGCAACUGGUGGUAAAUGUGAACCAGUUGCUAAGUGCCCAAAAUGUGGUCAUGUGAUCGCAGGGAGGCAUCGCGACAUUUCAUGAUGGCCGGAAAUGCUUUACAAGCUGUGAAACAUCUCUUCUAAGGCCAUGGUAACUUUGAAUGGUCGUUACAUGACCAGCGAUAUAUUGAGGACUAUCUGUGUGUUUACACGCUCACUUUUAGUCAGUAUAAGAAUUGAACCUAGUUCAAAACUGUGUUUUUAACAUUCUGCAGCAUGUAUCAUCAGAAUAUUUUAAUGCUUUUUUUAAAAAAAAAAAUGUAAUGCUUAAGCUCUUAAUAUUUCCAGUGGAGUGCUGACACUCCAUCAUUCUGCAAUGCUGUGCUUGUGUGAAUUAUGUGGGUUUUGACUUGAAAUCAUGCUUGUAUGCUCUCUUCUGCCCCACUCCCUUACCCUUCUCUAAAGAGGGAAAGCAUUGAGCUAACAAAAGUCUCUGUGAAUGUCCUCCUUUGAAUGGCUACCUUUUCAGUAUCGCCAUAACAAAGGAUAUCUUUGUAUAUCUGGACAAUUCUGGCGCGGCUGCUACUUCAGAACAAGCUGGGUUUUUGUUUUGAACUAAAUUCCAUGAAACGACUAUUUUGAGAUACGAGACUAGAAGUGCUGCCUUGAGAAACAAAAAGAAGCGUCUUCCCCCGCAAGCCACCUCUACAGGAGGACAAAGCUUCGUUGCUCCAGGUGCUUCCAGGCAGAGGAUGCAAACUGUUCAUCCAGUCUAAAAGAUGACAGCAUACAUGGACCCACUCCGAAGAAAACGAUUGUUUUAAUUUUCUAUGUUUGGAGUUGAACAAUGGAUUCCACCGGGGAAAAAAGACAACAUGCUUCAGAAAGAAGUACUCAUUUCCAGGUUGUGUGCCAGGUCAUUUAAAGAUAACUUGCAAUAAGCACUACUAAAUUGGAAGAAUGACAUCA